GGUUCAGGCCAUGAAGUCAAACGCUUUUGCGUCUAUUGCCGAGUCAUGGAUAGGUGUGUGACACGCUACAAGGACGGUCACAUUAGCAGCAUGAGUAUACGCAGUUGUUGGUAGCAAUGACAGACCUUUAGUUGUGUGUCGUUUACACUCUCAGCAGCCAGUCACGUUGUGAGCUGUCGUUUGUGUUAAAGCUGUGUGGUGCCGGCUGAACCAGCUUUAGAAGACUAGCUAACGUUAGUUAGCUUCUCAGGAGUAACGUUAAGCUUUGUUUUUGACGAGCAGUUGGCAUUGUGGACGUGACAGCAACUAUUUGGGAAACAAGUUGCAGCCAUGGUGUUCAUGCAGAGUUACUGUGAAGCCAAUUCCUCCAUCUCCCACACCUGGGUGGAUGAAGGCAUCUCUCCCUGCUUCUACUUCACCCUGGUCCCCACCAUCCUGCUCACCAUCUCCUUCCUCCUCGGCACCAUCCAUUGCGUGUUCUACCAGAAAUAUGGAACAGUAAUGGAACCCAAAUUCAUCCCCCGCUCCUGCCUUUACGGCUUCCAGCAGGCCAUCUCCGCCCUUCUCCUGCUCCAGUUUCUGAGUUUGAUAGUGUGGCGGGCUGCCAGCGGAGGAGAGCUCCCUGGCUAUGUGGUGUUGUAUGGCUGCUUCUCUGCACUGGGUUGGGCUUGGGCUAUAGCCCUGCUCAGGGUGGAGAGACGGAGGGUCCUGGUGAUGGACCGGACAAGAGGGCACAGCACCGUCCUGUUGCUGUUCUGGGCUCUGGCUUUCUCAGCUGAGAACCUGGCUUUUGUUUCCUGGUACAGUCCUCACUGGUGGUGGGGUCUGGAGAACAAUCAACAGCAGGUUCUGUUUGCCCUGUGGUUGGUGCGUUACAUUGGCACUGGGCUGCUCUUCUUCAUUGGCCUCAAAGCUCCGGGGCUGCCACGGAAGCCAUACAUGCUACUGAUAAAUGAAGAUGAGCGGGAUGUGGAGAACAGCGGGCAGAGCCUGUUGGGCAGAACAGAAGAGAACCAGUCUACCUGGCAGGGCUUCAGAAAGAAGAUUCGUCUGCUUGUUCCCUACAUGUGGCCCCAAGGCAAGAUCUCCCUCCAGGUGCUGGUCCUCUUCUGUUUAGGGCUACUGGGAGUCGAGAGGGCUAUUAAUGUGUUUGUACCCAUUUACUACAAGAAUAUUGUGAAUGAACUGACUGGUGGCAGCAGCUGGAAUACUGUGGCCGCUACAGUGUCUGUUUAUGUCAUGCUCAAGUUCUUGCAGGGUGGAGGGGCAGGUGCCUCAGGGUUUGUUAGUAACGUGCGCACUUUCCUGUGGAUCCGGGUGCAGCAGUUCACCGACCGUGUGGUUCAGGUGCGUCUGUUUGCCCACUUGCACUCACUCUCCCUGCGCUGGCAUCUGAGCCGCAAAACCGGUGAGGUGCUGAGAAGCAUCGACCGAGGCACCUCCUCCAUUAAUGGCUUGCUCAGCUACAUAGUGUUCAGCAUCUUCCCAACCAUUGCUGAUAUUGUCAUUGCCAUCAUCUACUUCAUCACUAAUUUCAAUGCCUGGUUUGGCCUUAUUGUCUUCAUCUGCAUGGUCCUGUACCUUACUCUGACCAUCAUCAUCACUGAAUGGAGGACAAAGUACAGGCGAGACAUGAAUCAGCAGGACAAUAAUGCCAAAGCCAAGGCUGUGGACGCCUUGUUAAACUUUGAGACGGUAAAAUACUACAAUGCAGAGAACUAUGAGGUCAGUCGUUUUGAGGAUGCUAUCUUAAAAUAUCAGGUGUCAGAGUGGAAGACCCAGGCGUCUCUGGCCUUCCUCAACCAAACACAGAACAUCAUCAUCGGAGCAGGCCUGCUUACCGGCUCCCUGCUAUGUGCCUACUUUGUGACUGAAGGAAAGUUCCAGGUUGGAGAUUAUGUUCUCUUUGGUACCUACAUCAUCCAGUUGUACACCCCCCUGAACUGGUUUGGAACCUACUACAGAGUUAUCCAGAGAUCUUUCAUUGACAUGGAAAACAUGUUCCAACUUUUUGAAGAAGAGGAAGAGGUAAAGGAUGAUGUGAAUGCAGGAAAUCUUGUGUACAACCAGGGAAAAGUGGAAUUUGAGAAUGUUUACUUCAGCUACACAGAUGGAAGAAGGAUCCUUCAGGAUGUGUCCUUCACUGUACUACCAGGACAGACAGUCGCCCUGGUUGGACCAUCGGGGUCCGGGAAGAGCACCAUCAUUCGACUGCUCUUCCGUUUUUAUGACGUUCAGGGAGGCUGCAUUCGUAUCGAUGGCCAGGAUAUAUCAAAAGUGAAGCAGGCAUCUCUUCGAGCUCAUAUUGGUGUGGUUCCCCAGGACACUGUGCUUUUCAACGACACCAUCCAGAAUAAUAUUCGCUACGGCCGCAUCUCCGCUAGUGAUCAGGAAGUGGAGGAGGCUGCCAUAACUGCUGAUAUCCAUGAUAAAAUCAUGACCUUUUCUGAAGGCUAUGAUACGCAGGUGGGUGAAAGAGGUCUGAAGCUGAGUGGAGGAGAGAAGCAAAGGGUGGCCAUCGCUAGAACUAUCCUCAAAGCACCACAGAUUGUCCUGUUGGAUGAGGCCACAUCUGCAUUAGACACAGAAACAGAACGCAACAUCCAGGCGUCUUUGGCUAAAGCCUGCGCCAACCGAACAACAAUUGUUGUAGCUCACAGGUUGUCCACCAUAAUAGGAGCAGACCAGAUUUUGGUUAUCAGAGAGGGCCAGAUUGCUGAGCGAGGAGGACAUGAGGAAUUGCUACUCAAGGGAGGCCUGUAUGCAGACAUGUGGGUGAAGCAACUUCAGGCCCAGGACUCUGACUCAUCAGACACAGAAGCCAAAGAUCGCAAGUCUGAGAAACUGCAGCCACCAUCAACCUCUUCAGGCCACCAUGGCCAUUGAUUGUAUUGUUUUGUUUUUAAAGAACUUUAUAUUUGAAUUCCUAUUAUUUAUAUAAAUGUGAUGAAACACAGCUAUUUAGUUUUCCAUCUCAAUGUGCCACAACAAUGGAGGAAAGGGAAGGUGCCUUAACAAAGCUAAGGAGGAACAACCUUCUUAAUGUGUUAAAAUUUAUCAAAGACAUUUCAUUUUGAUACCCCACGGUUUAAGUUGUGAAGGUCAAAUUGUUACCCCAUCAUAAAAACAAAUGUAAGCACUGUUUGAACAUUUCAAACCAUAAUACAGUAAUGUGGUUACAAGGCUAAAGAAUGAAUAGUAGAUAGAGCUUGUUGUCUUAUGCCUUCAUUAUGUGACACCCUGAAUUUUGAGGCAUAUUAUUUUUGGAGGCUCUCCUGGCACCUUUUUUAUGUUUGUCUUUAUUUUUAUAUUAAACACUGACAAGAAAUAAGAGAGUAAAUCCCAUUAGUUGCAUUCUCAGCAACUGUGUAAUAUGAAUCGCAGUGGGGUUGGUCUGGAUACAAGCUUACAGGGAUUUUAUUUAGCUUUCUGUUGUUUCUUUUUAUUCUGGGUAGUUUUCUGAGCUCUGUUUUUAUGUGUAAGCAUCUGUAUAUUUUUGAUUGCCACAGUAAAGUGCUCUGAUUAUUGUAUUUUCUCAAUUAAGGAUUAUUAAUUUGUAAGAUGUUAAGGUAAAAUGUAAACAGCCUUGUAAGUUAUAUAUUUAUUUGUUUAUUUUUGCCCAAUCCAUGUUUGCAACCUUUGUCAGGGCAGAGAUUUUAACUUGGUACAUAGAUACAGUAUAAUGGAGUAGGUUUAUUAGAACUGAUUUGGCAGUAUUAAGUCAAAAUGUGCAUGAAAAAGUAUAUCAACAAACUCAGAGGCCUAUACAAUAUUCUUGUGCACCUUUAUUCUCA